ACCAGGUGCCUGUACAAAUGUUGUUACAGGCGGCUUCGUCAGCCGCCUGUGCGGGAGGCACAGACAUUCCGCCUCCUUCCUGUGGGUCGCAGCGUCCUUCAUAGAGUCCGAUCCCCGCCAAACGGAAUAUUCAGCCACGCUCAGGGGAGAAAUUUCCUCCGGCAGACACACUGGGCGCCCGCAGGCUUGCGCUGACGUGGCCGGACCCACGCAGGCGCCGCGAGGCGUGGUCGGCCCCGCAGAGGGGCCCGCUGGGAGCCCGGAAGGAGCAUGCGCGGAAGCCGUCAGGGAGGGGGCGGGGCGCUGGCGCGGAGUCCCGAGCAUGGCGGAGAAGCGGCGCCGCGACCCGGAGCCUGGGCCCAGCCCGUCGGUGCUGUUUCUGCACCCGGACCUGGGCGUGGGCGGCGCCGAGCGGCUGGUGCUGGACGCGGCGCUGGCGCUGCAGGCGCGCGGGUGCAGCGUGAAGCUCUGGACGGCGCACUACGACCCCGGCCACUGCUUCGCGGACAGCCGCGGGCUGCAGGUGCGCUGCGCCGGGGACUGGCUCCCGCGCAGCCUGGGCUGGGGCGGCCGCGGCGCCGCGGUGUGCGCCUACGUGCGCAUGGUCUUCCUGGCGCUCUACGUGCUGUUCCUCGGCGACGAGGAGUUCGACGUGGUCGUGUGCGACCAGGUGUCUGCCUGCAUCCCAGUGCUCAAGCUGGCCAGACGGCGCAAGAAGAUCCUGUUUUAUUGUCACUUCCCAGAUCUGCUGCUCACCAGGAGAGAUUCUUUUCUGAAACGCCUAUACAGGGCCCCGAUUGACUGGAUAGAGGAAUACACCACAGGCAUGGCCGACUGCAUCUUGGUCAACAGCCAGUUUACCGCUGCCAUUUUUAAGGAAACAUUCAAGUCCCUGUCUCACAUAGAACCCGAUGUCCUCUACCCAUCUCUCAAUGUCACCAGCUUUGACUCCACUGCUCCCGAAAAGCUCGAUGACCUCGUCCCCGAGGGGAAGAAGUUCCUGUUCCUCUCCAUCAACAGAUACGAAAGGAAGAAAAAUCUGACUUUGGCACUGGAAGCCCUAGUAAAACUGCGUGGGAGAUUGACAUCCCAAGAUUGGGACAAGGUCCAUCUAAUCAUGGCAGGUGGCUAUGAUGAAAGAGUCUUGGAGAAUGUGGACCACUAUCAGGAAUUGAAGAAAAUGGUCCAACAGUCUGACCUUGCACAGUGUGUGACCUUCCUGCGGUCUUUCUCAGACAAACAGAAAAUCUCACUCCUCCACGGCUGCACCUGUGUGCUUUACACACCAAGCCAUGAACACUUUGGCAUCGUCCCUUUGGAAGCAAUGUACAUGCAGUGCCCGGUCAUCGCUGUUAAUUCGGGUGGGCCCUUGGAGUCCAUCACCCAUGGUGUCACAGGGUUUCUGUGCGAGCCUGACCCAGUGCACUUUUCAGAAGCAAUGGAAAAGUUCAUCCAUGAACCUUCUUUAAAAGCCACAAUGGGACUGGCUGGGAGAGCCAGGGUGAAAGCAAAGUUUUCCUCGGAAGCCUUUACAGAACAGCUCUACCAGUAUGUCACCAAACUGCUGGUAUGAUCAGACUUUUUUUUAAAGGAAUUUGUGCUGUAUUCAUUAGUAUCAUUUUUUGUAGAUUGUAGACUCAUUUCUGAAACCUAAAAAGAAACCUAGAGUCCAUUGUGGAAGCAAUUAAAAGAAAAAUACACUCUAAUCUUGAAUCUGAGCCACUUUCCUAUGCACCACACCUUCCCAUCUACUUUUUCAAAAAAACAAAAUCCUGUUUAUGCUUUAAUUAUUUCAUGUCUUACCAGUGUUAAUAUAUAAAAAUGAUGCAAUUCCAUAUUCACCAGAAUCUUUCAAUUCUGUUUUCUCUAGGCUAUUGUUGCUUUGCCUACAAAUUUGAGUCCUCGUGUGCCUUACUUGGUUUUGAUAGUUUUAAGUGUAUUAUCAUUAAAGUUGAUUAAUUUGGGUUCAUAGCAUAAUGAGAACAGGGUCACUGUAGUUCGUAAAAUCAAUGCACCUAAGCAUUCACUAUCCUCUGUUAGGAAAUUUUUAUUAGUCAUACCUUUGCCUGGAUCCAUAGAAGAAUGUUCUAUACUUCUUCACAAAGAUGAUUUAUUAUAUUUUUGCACAAUGAGAUGUGACAAUAAAAGAUGUUUAUCUUAGGAAAAGAAAAGGGUCUCUGGGUUCUGUUUGGUAUUGUUAGGAGUAUGGACAGCCAAGCCUGAAGCCUGAAACAAGAGUAAACCAGGUUUUGAAGUAAUGGGACAUUGUCACUCGUGGGUAUGCGUCUUAUGUAUGGUUGGUUUCUUCAUGUCAUCUGAGUCCACCUGAGUCGUUGGCUUUGUUCAUAUUGUUAUUUUGUUAAGCUCCUCCUACAUGUUAGACACAGUUACUGUGUGUCCUUCAAGUCCUGCUUUCCAUGCCAUGGCUGUGAAGCUUUCCUUGACCCUCCUCCCACCUUCCUCUCCCCAGCCUGCGUGUGAUCCUCUUCCAUGUACCCUAGCCCUUUUGUGGCACUGAGCAGUUUUAGAGUUCCCUACUUACUUGUUGGCCUAAGUAAAAUAAACAUAAAGCACUUUUCAAUGUAUCUUUAAAGCUAAAUUCUUUUUUUUUACCACUUUUUUAAAAAUUCCAGCCCAACUUGGGGCUUAAACUCACAAUCCCAAGAGCAAGAAUCCCAUGCUCUACCAACUAAUCCAGCCAGUGCCCCAAAAGCUAAAUCCUUUUUUUGAAAAAGAGCAAUCAGUGAUCACUAGCCAAAGGCUCCACAUUCAUCACUUCUGAGAGUACAGACCUGAGAGCCUAACAGCCUUAGGCAAAUUACUUAAUUUCUGUGCCUCAGCUGCUUCAUCUGCUGUAAUAUUUUACAUUCUUCAUGGAGUAGUUGUGACAUCACAAAAAUACAUGUAAAGUACUUAAAAACAGUACUUGGCACAUGGUAUGGGCUUAUAGAGAUACUAGCUAUUUUAUAAUUUGGGGAGACUGAAAACCUGCAGAAUUUCCACGUGGGUUCAUGCUGCACUUGUGUAUUGUUCUUUGGGUUUUUUUACAGAAUGAAAUUUCAGGUUGUAAUUUAUCACAUUAAUCUGUAUCGCAGUAUUUUCAUGAAAUGAAACAUCUGUACCGGAAAGGAGUUCUCUAAAGCAAUCAAAUAUAUUACGUCUUUUAUAGAA